CGGGGGUUUCCGUGGGCAUCCCGCAGGCACUCAUGGACGGGAGAGGAAAGCCUCCUCGGGAAGGGGCGAAGAACUGCGGGCAGGGACGGAAGGAAGCACCUUGCCAGCAGCGCUCUGGGUGCAAAGGCGCACCGGGGGCUGGCUGCGUGCCUCUGGCAGCGCCGGGAGCGGCACCGGGACCCGCUCCCGCGCACACCUGCGCCACCGCGGCCGGGCGGCUCCGGGGAAAGCCGCGCCACCGCCACCGCCUCCGCCCGGGGAUCGGGCAGCGGAAACUUUCCCCGCGCUCCCUCGCAAACACCGCCCGGCGCCCUCCCCCGGACGCUCUUUGGGAGCAGCGCGGUGUCCCCCGGCCCGCACCGCCUCGCUGCCCUGCCCUGCCCGCACGGAGGGGCGGCCGCGGCCCGCCCUCACCUGCAGGGUGAUCGGAAAGCGGGGCUGGCCGAGCCGGGGUGGCCGCGCUGGGCGGGCUGGCAGGCAGGGAAGGAGAGGGACAUCCCGCUCCUUCCUCCGCGCCGCCGGCGGCCGGGAGCGGGGGCCGCGGGUGUCCGCGCUGCGGGCGGGGCGGGGCGGGCCCGGGAUAUUAAUAGCCGUGUCCGGGCGGGCGCAGGGCAGAGCCGCGGGGAGCAUGCAGGGGAACGGGCAGCAAGCGGGCAAGGGCCACGAGGGCCACCUGGACGGGGUGGGGGCGGCUGACGGCGGGCUGCAGGCUGCGGCUGUGCCCAUGCUGCCGGCCAUGGAGGUGGCCGAGGAGCCGGAGAAGCCUCCGGGCGGCAAGAGCAAGGAUCCCAACACCUACAAAGUGCUCUCCCUGGUACUCUGUGUCUGCAUAUUAAUGACAAUCCUAGGAUGCAUAUUUGGCCUGAAGCCUAGCUGUUCAAAAGAUGUGAAAACCUGCAAAGGUCGCUGCUUUGAAAGGACCUUUGGAAGCUGCCGUUGUGAUAAAGAUUGUGUGAAGCUUGGAAACUGCUGCUUAGAUUACCAGGAAACAUGUAUACAACCAGCCCACAUAUGGACCUGCAAUAAGUUCAGGUGUGGAGAAAAGAGGCGACCAGAAUAUCGUUGCUCCUGUUCAGAUGAUUGUGUGGAAAACAAAGAUUGCUGUGUCAAUUAUCAAGCUGUUUGUAAAGGAGAGGCAAGCUGGGUUGAAGAAGAAUGUGAGAACAUUACUGAACCUCAGUGUCCGAAAGGAUUUACCAAGUCUCCAGUGUUACUAUUUUCAUUGGAUGGCUUCAGAGCAGAAUAUUUGCAGACUUGGGGUGGACUUCUACCUGUUAUUAGCAAAUUACAGAAAUGUGGAACAUACACUUCCAGUAUGAGACCAGUGUAUCCUUCAAAAACCUUUCCCAACCAUUACUCCAUUGUCACAGGGCUGUAUCCUGAAUCUCAUGGCAUAAUUGAUAACAAGAUGUAUGACCCCAAAAGAAAUGCGUCCUUCACCCUUAAAAGUGAGGAGAAGUUCAAUCCACAGUGGUACCAAGGCCAGCCCAUUUGGCUCACAGCCAUGUACCAAGGGCUGAAAGCAGCGACGUUCUUCUGGCCUGGCUCUGAUGUAGCAGUGAAUGGAACCUUUCCAAACCUGUAUGAAGUGUACAAUAGCUCAAUCCCCUUUGAAGAAAGAGUAGUGACCGUCCUUCGCUGGCUGCAGCUCCCUGAAGAUGAAAGACCACACUUUUACACUCUGUAUUUAGAAGAACCAGAUUCCUCGGGCCAUAAGUUUGGACCAGUAAGCAGCGGAGUCAUUAUGGCAUUACAGAGAGUGGACAAAAUAGUAGGGAUGCUGAUGGAUGGUCUAAAGCAAAUGAACCUGCAUAAAUGCCUGAACAUUAUUUUUGUAUCAGAUCAUGGGAUGGAAGUAGGGAGCUGCAGAAAAACAGCAUAUCUGAACAGCUACCUGGACAAUGUUCAAGAUUUCAUAGUUGUACCUGGUCCUGCAGCUCGCCUAAGACCUAAUAAUGUUCCAGAUGAGUAUUUCUCUUUUAAUUAUGAAGGCAUUGUCAGAAACCUCACAUGCAUAAAACCGAACCAGCCUUUCAAAGCUUACAUGAAGCAGCUGCUGCCCAAGCGUUUCCAUUAUUCCCACAAUGACCGCAUCGAACCGCUGCACUUUUAUUUGGACUCCCAGUGGCAGCUGGCUCGAAAACCACUUGAGAUUAAAAGCUGCAAAGGUGGAUUCCAUGGCUCAGACAAUAGUUUCCCUAAUAUGCAGGCUAUCUUUAUUGGUUUUGGACCAGGAUUCAAGUUUGGUACUCAAGUUGAUCCAUUUGAAAACAUUGAAGUAUAUAAUUUAAUGUGUGAUUUGCUUGGUUUGAAACCAGCCCCAAACAAUGGAACUCACGGACGCCUAAACCAUCUAUUAAAACACCCUGCUUACAUCCCCCACCAUCCCAAAGAAACAAGUCAUCCUUCUGAAUGCUCUGUGGUGGGAGAAAGAGCCUUUUCAGUGAGCCCUGGCUGCUCCUGCAGGACAGGGGGCUUGCCAAUAAGGGAUUUUCAUCAGCGUUUAAAUCUUACUGAAACAGAAGUUGAGAAGACAGAGGAACUUAAUUUACCCUACGGACGGCCCAGGGUUCUGCAGAAAAAGCAUAAUUACUGCCUCCUUUACCACUACCGCUACGUGAGUGGGUACAGCAGGGACUACAGGAUGUCUCUGUGGAGCGCGUACACUGUUGGCAAAGGUGACAAAUGGAUUUCUCCUACAGGAUCUGCCUCCAGCUGUUUACACAAAGAUGCUCGUAUUUCACAGAAUCAUAACCAGACCUGUUUGUUUUACAACAAUCAUCCUCGCCUAACUUAUGCAUUUCUUGCUCCUUCAAAUUUUAUGACAGAUGAAAAGAAACCUCACUUUGAUGCCCUGCUUACCAGCAACAUUGUGCCAAUGUAUCCUGCAUUUAAAGUGUUAUGGAACUACUUCCAUCAACACCUGCUACCUGAAUAUGCUGCAGCCAGGAAUGGUGUCAAUGUAGUCAGUGGUCCUGUGUUUGACUAUGACUCUGAUGGGCUCUAUGAUACCCCAGAAAAGUUGAAAAGAUACCCCGGUAAUUCAGAAGUUCCAGUUCCAACUCACUUCUUCAUUGUGCUGACUAGCUGUAAAAAUACUUCUGAAACUCCUCUGGAAUGUGAAGGGUCUCUAGAUGCCUUGUCUUUCAUCAUACCUCACAGAGAAGACAACAGUGAAAGCUGUGCAGAUGGCAAGUCUGAGUCCAUGUGGGUUGAAGAGAGAAUGAAGUUUCAUACAGCUCGGAUCAGAGAUAUAGAAUUACUUACUGGACUCAGCUUCUAUCAAGACAGAAAACAGCCAGUAUCUGACAUUUUACAGUUAAAAACAUAUUUACCAACUUUUGAGACAGUCUGAUUUUUCCUAUGGAAUGUUGUUAUUCAUGUCAGAACUGAUUUGUAAAUAGACUUUUUUAAUUAACGAAACCUUUUUUAUAAAAAAUAAGCUGAAACUUUUAUUGAGAACUCUUGACCAAAAUGCCAGUAGAGAGGAGAGUGGGUGCCAUAUUUGUAUCUCAGGGACUCCUGAUGGACUAUGCUUGUGACACAGGAUGGCAGCGCCUGUCAUUCCCACUUGGAUGUGGUAGAACCAUGUCCAUUAUUAUGUUAACAUCAUUUGGUCAUCAUAGUUUGAGACACGAACACGGAUGUUAUCUUUGAUGUGCACUGGAGAGGGAGAAUUUUAUAAAGCAUGGUUGAAGAUCAGUAUUCUACUUUAAAAAUGCAGACAGUUAGCAAAUACAGUUCUGGGAAAGAGCUACAUUCUUGGUGACCAUUGAAAUCUAAACAACAGCACUCUUCUCACUCUGGUUUUCCUUGAAGUGUGAAUGGCACUCUGAGCUUUGGGUGUCUUAAAACAAUGCAGUGUUAUGAUGCAAUAAGCUAUACUGGGGUCAGUAGGACUGGUAACUGAACCUUCCCCCACAGGGAAGAGAUGCCUGGCUAGAGGAGUUCGGUUGGCUGGGAAGUCUUGGCAUGUUGCUGCCCUCUGAUGGCUUCAACACCGAUGGAGAAUUAGAGGCACAGUUUCUAUGUUGUACACACAUCCUCUGAGUGGGUGGAUGUAGGAUGCAUCAAGUCACCUGUUAAUGAAAAGAAAUCAUGUCAGGUAUAUGUCUGAGCUCCCAGAAGUAAUUAUCUUACUUCAAGCUAAACUUAAAUUUGAUGAAAAAUUCUGCUUUAUUGAAGCAAAGAUGUGUCUCUCUGUUUGGUACAUGUUCUUGUCAGCUGUGGUUUUGAAAUCCCAUUUUUGAAUGCAGGUGCUGUCAGAGAUGCAAAUUCUGAAGAAGUGUGUAAUGAGCUUUCUUGGAAGCUUUCAGGCUACACAAACAGCUGCUACAGGCACUCAGGAGUGUAGGAACACCCUCCUUUUCCAGAACACAUAUUAUCACCUUUAUAAUUCUCCCACUCUGUAAAGCUGAUGACCCAAAAUUGGCUCUGUUAUGUACAAAAUUUGGUAUAGCCAAUUUCACAUUUAUGGUCUUCUCAUUUAGAAAGGAGAAAAUAUAUCACGCACAAGUAUGUCGGAAGAAUGAAGAGCCUGUAACUGAGCAGAGAGGCAUUUGACCUUAUAGGUUGGCCAGCGCGUGCUGAAGGCUGGAUUCAGAGCCUGCUGAAGUCAGAGGAAGCUUUUCCAUUAACUUCAGUUUGAGUGGGCUGAAGUUCUGGGACCAUUUUUUCUUUUAACCAAGUGUAUUUUCUUGAUCUUAUGUUACGAGCAUAAUUUUUUUUUCUCGAGUAGUUUCACUGUGUGAAAUCUAAAUGUGUUGUAGCAACUUCACAUUACGAUAUGACUGUGACAGCAUUAUUCAGUGUAACUGCUUUGUAAUGUUGCCUGUGACCAAUAAACCCGUCAGAAGUACUAUGCUGUUUGUGAGCCUU